GAAAAAGUGAUCCCGUGGAUAAAUCGGAGGAGUGCAGAUAAGUGCAGUGGCUGGAGGAGGACACCCGGAAGUGGGUCGAGCAGAGGAGGAAUCAGUGAGGAACUGGUGGGUGGGAACCGGAUUCGAGCCGAGCGAAGAAGAUUUGGGCGCAAUGUUGGUGGCAUAAAUAUUUCGAUGCUUUUCGAAAAAUGAGGUUUCCUGUGUCACAGUUUCGAUGAUGAUGGAGGACGAAAUCAAUAGCUGUAGUAGCAACAACAGCAACAGUAGUACCAGCAGUACUGCUGGUGAUAGUGAUAAAUGCUCCGAUGCUGGUUCUAGUUCCAGUGAAAAGGAUAUUGAAAGUGAAAAUGACAAGGAUAAUGAAGGCAGCAGACCGGACGGCAAUGUAACAGAUAACGGAACGAAAAGAAAAUCUGGGACUACCAAUAGUGGCAGUGGAAAUGACGACGAUAAGGAGGUCAAAACAGUGGCAGUUAAACACAUCGAAGGCAAUAUGGGUCCCCUGACAGCAACGGUUAAAUUUAUAAAUCCCUUUAAAAACAACUGGAUCAAUGCGGAUCGACUGAAUGAGCUCAGGAAAAAGGUGCAAGACGCCUCCAAACAUCAUCGAGUGUUUCUUGUCCGGGGGUCGUUCCACACCGUUAGGCGAGCGUUGACUGAGAGGGGUUGGGUGGAGAAACUAGACGGGUUUAGGGCUAAACCACAGGCAAACACUUCUUCCUCAGGGUUCAUUUUGGAGGACCUAGUUCAGCAGCUCCCAGAACGGAAGCCAGGUGAAUCACGCAAGAAUCACAUCGUAAAAUGCGAGCGCAGUAUAAUGUCGCGCUUUCUGGAGCACACUCCAAUCGACCUUCUGUGGACGGCUCGUAGGGAGAAGGCCGAUUGGUUGGAUAUGACUAAAAACUCCUCCCUGAUCAUCAAUCGCUUCAGCAAGGCACCAUUUACAACAAAAGAAGGUCUUUGCUCCGCUCUGCACGACUUUCAUUGGUUCUAUGAGGAAGGCAUGUCGGAGACCUACUUUCCGCGUUGCUACAAUGUUUGGAAUCCAGAAGAGCUAAACGAAUUCAUAGACAACUUUCGUCUGACGUCUUCGAUGGGUCUCCUAAAAUGGUUGGUGGAAGCCAACGAGAAGGAAGGCAUGGAUGCUAUUCUUUCAGACGAGGGAAAAGUUCCAGGUUCGUGUAUAAACUUUGCACUUUCGCGCUGCAAAGAAUAUUUGGAUUACUGUCUCCAUAACGACAUCGACGUAGAGGAGGACAUCAAAAUUUGGGAUCACGACUGGGACGUAUUUCUUACACAUCAUUAUCUGCUGACCCACGAAGGGGGCACUAUUCAGAUGAUGAAGGCUGAAGAGGACGCAAACAUGAUAUCGAACUAUGUUGCGGAAGCAAAAUCGGUGCUGGAACAAAUCAAAAAUCACUGGCCACAGUAUGCGCUCGAUGGGUACCUGAAUAUAUGGAUUGUGAAACCGGGAAAUAAGUGUCGUGGUCGGGGCAUUCAUUUGAUGAAUAAUAUCAAGCAGAUUAUCACAAUGGUGAAUCCGCCGAUCGUUAGCAAAACUAGAUAUGUGAUACAGAAAUAUAUAGAACGCCCAUUAAUCAUCCACAACACCAAGUUCGACAUCCGCCAGUGGUUUAUGAUCACCAGCGUGCAACCGUUGAUAAUUUGGUUCUACAAGGAAAGUUACCUCCGCUUCAGUUCGCAGCAGUACAAUCUUAUGAACUACCACGAGUCGGUGCACCUGACCAAUCACGCAAUCCAGAAAAAGUACCACAACGCGGUGCGGGACGAGCGGCUGCCGCACGAGAACAUGUGGGACUGCCAUACGUUCCAAGCGUAUUUGCGCCAGAUAGACAAAUACGAAAUGUGGUCCGAACGGAUCUAUCCAGGAAUGCAAAAGGCAAUCAUUGGGUCGCUGCUAGCCUGUCAGGAUAGUAUGGACCGGCGGGCGAACACCUUCGAGUUGUAUGGUGCGGAUUUUAUGAUUACUGAAGACUUUUAUCCGUGGUUGAUCGAAAUUAAUUCAAGUCCGGACUUGGCGCCCAGUACAAGUGUGACGGCGAGACUUUGUCCACAAUGUGUGGAAGACACCAUUAGAGUUGUCAUUGAUCGCCGUCACGACCCAAAUGCAAGCACCGGCUCGUUUGAAAUGAUAUACAAGCAAGUGAUUCCAAAAACGCCUGCCUACAUGGGGUUGAACUUGCAGCUACGGGGCCAUCGCAUCACACCCAAAAGCACCGCCAAAAAGGACCGUCUUCGCAUCCUACCUGUAAAGCCCGUCCAAAAUGUUCUGCAAGUAUCGAGACUCGCCGCUUCCGCCAUUCCUAAACCAACAACGGGUCCCGUGAUAAUGGAUCUGUUAGAAUGUCUUCAAUUUGACACUAAGAUUCAGGAAGAGGAAGAACUUCGAGCACGAACAGCCAUAUACAGAAAAUCUGGAUUUUCCCCUAGACCGAACCUUCGAUACGACUUCGCCCGCAAAAAGUCAUACAUAAUAGCCAAAACGGGGGAAUUCUUCCGCAGAAACGGGGGUCCAAAGUACCUAACCGAAGGCGAUACUUACAUCGACAAUAUCGAAGACUGGGAGAGGGCCACAACGAGCUUCUUCCACAACAAUUACGCCAGCACCCUGAACUCUCUAUCUGUCAAUCGAAACAACCCCUAUGGAUCUGGAGACCUGCAAACGUCUCCCAGUUCUAGUACCAACAAUCUACGAUACUCCUCCUCAAAAACUGCCAAUUAUUGUGAUGAAUUCGAUAAUGCCAAUGUCGAAAAUAAUGCUGCCAUAAGUGAAAAUCCUACCGGUUAUAGUAGAUAUAAUAAGCUGACUGCGAACAGCAGCAAUAAAGCGACGCUAGCGUCGAACUUCAACAACUUCUACACCCUUGGGCUAAGCCUUCGGAAGCAGACCACACCCAAGAGUCCCAUGGCCGCUCGAGCGAGUGCCAACUUCGUACAAUCAACCGAAGAUUUAAUUGAGUUAGGGAAGAAUUGUUAACCGAAAGAAAUUAUAGUCGAAAGCCACGUGUUCGUGAAUAGACGCGAUGCUUCGAAAUUAGUUGUUGUUCAAAUUAAAAUCGUUAAAUUGGAUAAAUUGAUUAGUGAUAGCAUAGCAGAUGCAUUUAAAAACAAAAUAUGUUGAAGAUAUAUGGGACAACGAUCCCGGUGUUGACCUUGCCG